AGUCACGUGACCAAUUUGGCGCGCUGGCUGGUAGACCCUGCGCUUGCCGUUUGUUAGGCUUAGCUGCUGUUGUCCUAUCAGCGUUGUAUUCAACACUGUCAAUUUUCUCUUCCAUUUUCCCAAUUAUCUUCGCAUCAUCAUGGAUGUAGCCGAACAAGCUGUGCGAACAAAUCAGGUGAAGGAUCAGGUUGGAGAACGAUGCCAGAAAUUAUUCCAGGAUUUUCUUGACGAAUUUUCUGCUGAUGGAGAGACGAAGUACCUGGCAGCUGUCCAAGACUUGAUUCGGCCAGAGCGGAACACGCUGACUGUCAGCUUCGAGGAUAUAGAGUCGUACAACCAGCAGCUCGCCACAACUGUCCUGGAGGAAUAUUACAGGGUGUAUCCAUUCCUGUGUCGCGCUGUCAGAAAUUAUGCCAAAGACUGGGGUCAGAUCCCGGCGGGGAAAGAGUUCUACCUCAGCUUGACUGAUGUUCCAACCAGGCUUAAGGUGCGUGAGAUGACGACAGUGAAGAUUGGCUCGUUGCUACGCAUCACAGGUCAGGUGGUGCGCACUCAUCCGGUGCACCCCGAGCUGGUCAGUGGCACAUUCGUCUGUCUGGAUUGCCGCACAGUCAUCAAGGAUGUGGAGCAGCAGUUCAAGUACACACAGCCGACUAUCUGUCGUAACCCAGUGUGUGCUAACAGAUCUCGGUUCAUGUUGGAUGUCAACAAGUCGAGAUUUGUGGACUUUCAGAAAGUGAGAAUCCAGGAGACACAAGCUGAAUUGCCUCGUGGAAGCAUCCCCAGAAGCGUUGAGGUUAUUUUGCGAGCUGAAGCAGUGGAAACAGCCCAGGCUGGCGAUCGUUGUGACUUCACAGGCACCCUUAUUGUUGUUCCCGAUGUGGGCUCCAUGUCAUUGCCAGGAGCAAGUGCUGAAACAUCUUCCAAAGUUAGCCGCGGUGCUGAGGGCUACGAAACUGAGGGUGUGAGGGGGCUGAAGACUCUCGGUGUUCGCGAUUUGACGUACAAGCUGGCGUUCUUGGCCUGCACCGUCACACCGAACAACUCUAGGCUGGGUUCCCUUACCUUCCGGGAGGAGGAGAUCACGGCAGAGGCUCUGAAGAAGCAGAUGAGUGAUGAGGAGUGGCAGACAGUGUACGAGAUGAGCCAGGACAAGAAUCUCUACACCAACUUCUGUAGCAGUCUUUUCCCCACAAUACAUGGAAAUGAUGAGAUCAAACGAGGCGUGCUUCUCAUGUUGUUUGGUGGUGUACCGAAGGUGACGACUGAGAAGACACAUCUCCGUGGAGACAUCAACGUCUGUGUGGUCGGUGACCCCAGCACGGCCAAGUCUCAGUUCCUGAAGCAGGUGGAGGAGUUUUCUCCCCGUGCUGUGUACACCAGUGGCAAGGCUAGUAGCGCUGCUGGGUUGACGGCUGCGGUGGUUAGGGAUGAAGAGUCUCAUGAGUUUGUGAUUGAGGCGGGUGCACUGAUGUUGGCGGACAAUGGCGUGUGUUGUAUCGACGAGUUUGACAAGAUGGAAGCUCACGACCAGGUGGCUAUUCACGAGGCUAUGGAACAGCAGACCAUCUCCAUUACCAAGGCUGGAGUGCGGGCUACAUUGAAUGCAAGGACCUCUAUCUUGGCUGCAGCUAAUCCGAUCGGCGGCCGCUACGACAGAACCAAGUCGCUCAAACACAACAUCAACAUGAGUGCGCCCAUUAUGUCUCGGUUUGACCUGUUCUUUAUCUUGGUGGACGAAUGCAACGAGGUGACUGACUACGCCAUCGCCCGUCGCAUCGUGGACCUACACAGUCGCUCGGAGGAAUCUGUUGACCGCAUCUACUCUGUGGAAGACAUGCAGAGGUACAUCAUGUUUGCCCGCCAGUUCAAACCCAAGAUCAGCGGCGAAUCAAAGGAUUACAUGGUGGAGGAGUACAAACGUCUGCGUCAGCGUGACAGUUCAGGGGCUGGUUCGUCCUCCUGGAGGAUCACUGUGCGCCAGUUAGAGAGUAUGAUACGUCUGUCGGAGGCCAUGGCCCGCAUGCACUGCUCCGAUGAGGUUCAGCCUCGGCAUGUGAAGGAAGCAUUCCGGCUUUUGAACAAAUCCAUCAUCCGUGUAGAGCAGCCCGACAUCCAUUUGGAGGAUGAGCCGGAGCCUGUGCAGGACAUGGAACUGGACGAAAACACAGAACCUGCGCAGCCAGCUGCCCCCACAGAGGAAGUGGUUUCAGGAGCGAGCCCACCUCCUGCUGCUGCGGCCAAGGCAGCGAUGAGACUGUCGUACGAGGACUACAAACACAUGGCCAACUUGCUGGUGCUGCACAUGCGGAGACGUGAGGAGGAGGCAGGUGAGGAUGAGACUGGGCUGAGGAAAAGUGACGUGAUUGGCUGGUAUCUGACAGAGAUUCAGGAUGAUAUCCAAUCAGAAGAGGAACUGAAUGAGAAGAGAACGGUUGUGGAAAAAGUCAUCGACAGACUAAUACAUCACGACCAUGUGUUGAUCCAGCUGACGCAGACAGGCCUCAAGACGCGGCCGGGACAGGAAGCUGAACUUGUGAGGGAGGAGGAUCCCAUCAUUGUGGUCCAUCCCAACUACAACAUUCAGGAUUAGAGCAACAGACUAUUUUGUGAUGUGGGUAUCAAUAUGUGACAAAUGUGUGUACAGGGGGAUGAAGCUAUGUGUUGGAAACUGACAAUGGCCAGCAGAAUCUCUGAUCUCAAGACGUCAGGUCACGUGGCUUUAGCGAGUACAGAUGUGGCGAGUGUUUUCACUAGAGCUGGGCAAGGAGUCGCUUUAGCAAAAAUCCGGAUAAUAUGUUAGUGCACCUCUUCGGCAAAUAUGAUAGAAUCGCUUCUGCAAAUG